CUUUGGAUCCCUUACAUUGGGAUCUCUAUAGUCUUAUUAUCGGCUUACUCCACUGAGCUCUCCAAUGACUGUGGUGAACAGAGCUGUAGUUGGCCCUUGCAAGACAGUGAUGAAGUUCGGAGUCUCCCUUUUCCGCAGGGGCUUCAACUCCUCCAAAUGUAAAACUAUGGCGAAACUGGCGACGGCAAGAAUAAAGCUUCUGAGGAACAAAAGAGAGGUAGUGGUGAAACAGAUGAGGCGAGACGUCGCUUUGCUUCUCCAGUCUGGCCAGGAUGCCACCGCAAGGAUCAGGGUUGAACAUGUGAUAAGAGAGCAGAAUGUUAUGGAAGCAAACGAGAUCAUUGAACUAUUCUGUGAACUAGUUGUGGUGCGACUUUCAGUCAUUGCAAAGCAAAGGGAAUGCCCAGCCGAUCUGAAAGAAGGAAUCACCAGCUUGAUAUUUGCCGCUCCGAGGUGCUCAGAUAUCCCAGAACUACUGCAAAUUCGAAAUAUUUUUGAAAAGAAAUAUGGAAAAGAGUUUGUAUGUGCAGCAACAGAUUUACGGCCCAAUUGUGGUGUGAAUCGCAUGCUUAUCGAGAAACUUUCAGUCAGAACAACUACUGGUGAAGUAAAGUUGAAGGUUAUGAAGGAAAUAGCUAAGGAAUAUCAGAUUGAAUGGGAUACGACAGAGUCUGAGAAGGAGCUUCUGAAACCUCCCGAGGAGCUGAUAGAGGGACCACGUACAUUUGUAAGUGCAACCAGCAUGCCUCUGAAGCCUAUAUCAUCACGAGGUGUUGAGCUAAAUAGGCCUACUAACAGAUUAACCAAUGAUGAAGAAAAAGAUGGAGAUAUAUCCACCAUGCAUUUCAAGAACUCUGCUUUAGCUGCUCUAGCAGCUGCAGAGUCUGCAAAGAAAGCAAUAGCUGCUGCACAAGCUGCUGCAUAUCUGGCCAAUAAGAACUCUCAUCAGCCAGUUGAUUUUGAUCAUAUUGUGGAUGAUUUCAACAAUCCAAAAUCCAGCAAAUCCACUGGUGCUUUUUUCAUGCCAAAUGAUCUACCAGUAGAACCUGAGAGGAACAGAGAUGAUCAACCAGAGCCUCCAGGGAGAUUCCAUGCAUCACAGAGUCUCACCAGGCCAUAUUCCUUGCAUGAUGAGAGGACUCUUCCCACAGAUUUGAAUGAGAAAAGGGUUCAUAGGAGGCAUAGCUACAAUGUCCCUCCUGCACAUACAGACAUAAAGUUUGAUGAUUCAGAUGGGUUUGACUCAGACUAUGAUGAGGAGAUUGAGGUAGAAACACCUUCAAGUGGCAGUUGCCCACCACCCAAUAGGGUUGCUCCACCACCUCCUUCUCACUCUUGUCAACCUGGUGAUGGGAUGGGAACUGAUUAUGCUGGUUUACGCAUAAGUGAUCCUGCUCCACACCUUCAUCCUAAUCUGCCAGAUUACGAUGCAAUUGCAGCUCGCUUUGAAGCUCUUAAGUUCCGCAGAUGAUGAACUGAAAUUUUAGUUAAUUUUUUGUCAUAUGUUUAUAUAU